AUGCAGUCCUUGGUCGACUAUGGCAGUGAUUCGGAUGACGAGACACCAACUGGGUCAGCUGUCUCAGUCACGGCAUCCAUCAAGUCAGGCUCGUCGUCGUCGUUCCUCAAUCUGCCACCUCCCAAAGUAUCCACAGCCUCCACAACACCAGCUACUCUAUCAUCGUCGAAAGAUACAAUAACAACCAAGAAGCCUCUGCCAGCGUUGCCACCGAAGAAAGCUAAAGGCCCCGUUCGGAUCCUGCUCGACCUACCGCCUCCGUCUACUUCGUCGUCGUCGUCCCCUUCCGCCUCCACGUCCACACCGUCAAACAACGACAAUGACCACGACGGCCCCGACGGACCAAUCAAGAAGAAGCCCAAGCUCACACUAGGCGGCUCAUUGUCCGGGAGCGGUGGUGGAUUGGCCGCGUUGUUGCCCAAACCCAAGAACCAAGCUCCACCGCCGAUGCAGACUAGCGGAUCGUCGACUAAGCCGCUCAGUGGAGGAGGCCUGAUGGGUAGGUUGCCACCUCCAGCCUCGUCUACGGUACAAUCGAGCUCGACGGCCGUCGAUUCAAGUGAGGGUGGAAAGACAGGUCCAAGUGGAGGAUUCUUGCCAAAUACGUUGGCUAACAAAGGCAAGGCCAAGGCGACGAAUGGCGCGGUUGCAGAGACGAAACCAGCUCAACGAGACCCUGGAUUGGACUUCUUUGGACUAGGUGAGAGCCCCAGAACAGUUGGUGUUCAUGCCUUGCUCGAACUGACCCUGGGUGUUUGCGAUUCAGGCUCGGUGGCCUCAUCAGCGCCGUCGCACCCGUCGGCGACCUUGUCCUCGUCGAGAUUGAGCAAGCCUACGAUGACGAUCUCCUCCGCACCAACACCCAUAGCGGUACCAGUAAAUUCAGCAUCCAAGACACCGACGGCUUCCGAUCCCUACCCGGGUUUCACCCAGCUCCCUUCCGGAGAAUGGGUCGCCAAAGAUCAAGAGACGUACGAUCUCUGGGUACAGUCCAUGGUCACGCAACAGCAGCAGGCACAAGAGGUGCCGAAGGAGUUCAUUGAUGCGACUCGACAGGGUAAGAUUCUCGAUUUGCACGAGGAGCAAGAACGGGCCAAGAAGGCUUGGGCCGACCGACCGGAACAGUUGCCGAGUCAAGAAUGGCAAAAGAAGGGGCAAGACGAGGAGGCCCAGGCUAAAGUGGUGAGUCGAAUGGAAUCUAGGGAUCUUUUUCGGCACAUCAUUAACAUACCCCUGGAUUCUUCUACGCGUCAAAGCCACUCAAACCGGGGCAGUAUCGAGCUCGGCAAAAGGGCCAACUGUCGGCCUUGCUCGCCGAUGCGGUCGAGAACCGCGCCGAGUUGGAGGAGAGGAUCGCGAGGGGGAAAGCCAAUAGGAAGGCUGCGGGAAAUCGAUAUGGCUUCUAG